UUAGCGCUUACGAAAGCAAUCAAAUAUGUCGGGAAGAGGCAAGGGAGGUAAAGGCUUGGGGAAAGGCGGCGCAAAGCGUCACCGCAAAGUUCUCCGUGAUAACAUCCAGGGUAUUACCAAGCCAGCCAUCCGCCGUCUGGCUCGUCGCGGUGGCGUCAAGCGUAUAUCCGGCUUGAUCUACGAGGAGACUCGUGGUGUGCUCAAGGUAUUCUUGGAGAAUGUUAUUCGUGAUGCUGUGACAUACACCGAGCACGCCAAGAGGAAGACCGUGACCGCUAUGGAUGUGGUGUACGCUCUCAAGAGGCAAGGUCGUACUCUGUACGGUUUCGGAGGUUAAAAAUUUCGC